UCACGCGCUCACCUGCGCGCAUGUCUGCUGGUUAAUAGACGUUGUACGAUACAUUAAUCGGAUAUCCGACUGUCUUUCGCCCGGUGUUGUGGAAUGAGUUUCAUCGCUAGUUGGAGACGCAGCCUUAAGAGAGAUCAACGCAACAGGUUGCAGCUACCAGACAACAGCCAUGAACCCAAAGUCACAGCGCCCUCAUUCAUGUCGCACAAGUCAGACCUCACGGUCUCCCUUGACGACUGCAUGGCAGCUCUGGACCUGUUCUUGCAGAAUGAGUUUGAAGAGGCCCUCUCGAGACUGCGGUGCAGAACUAAGGACAGCAUGUACCACGCCCUCACAUAUGCCACUAUUCUUGAGAUGCGGGCGAUGAUGACCUUUGACCCAGAGGACAUAUUGGCCGCUGGAAACACCAUGAAAGAUGCCCAGGCAGUGUGCCAACGAUUCCGCAAGAAGUCCUCCUUCAACAGCCUGAUAAACAGAACUUUCACUGAAGAGGAGCUCCACGCUGAUCUGUGCUAUGCAGAGUGCCUCCUGCAGAGGGCAGCGCUCACCUUCCUGCAGGAUGAAAAUAUGAUCAGUUUCAUCAAAGGAGGCAUUAAAGUGAGGAACAGCUACCAGACAUACAAAGAGCUGCAUACUGUCCUCCAAUCAGCAAGCUAUGUCCACGGCGACAAUCACGGUCACUUUGAAGGAGGGGUCAAUCUUGGAGUGGGAGCCUUCAAUCUAAUGCUCUCUAUGCUUCCCACCCGAAUCCUCCGGCUGCUGGAGUUUGUGGGCUUCUCAGGCAACAAGGACUUUGGCCUGGAGCAACUGCAGGAAGGCUGCUCCACCCACACCUUCAGGGCUUUCCUCUGCAACAUGCUCCUGCUCUGCUACCACACCUUCAUGAGCUUCAUCCUGGGUACCGGGGAAGGGGAUGUGCAGGACGCAGAAAAGCUACUGCAGCCCUAUCUCAAGCAGUAUCCGAAGGGAGCCAUCUUCUUGUUCUUUGCUGGGCGAAUUGAGGAGAUCAAAGGAAACCUGGAUGCUGCUAUUGGUCGUUUCGAGGAGUGCUGUGAGGCUCAGCAGCACUGGAAGCAAUUCCAUCACAUGUGCUACUGGGAGCUGAUGUGGUGCUUCACCUAUAAGAGGCACUGGAAGAUGGCUUACUUCUAUGCUGACCUGCUCAGCAAGGAGAAUGCCUGGUCCAAGGCUACAUACGCGUACAUGAAGGGGGCCUAUCUCAGCAUGCUCACCCGGGAGGAGUGCCAGCCUUUUGGGGAGAGUGAGGUAGCGCUCUUCAGACAAGUACCUGGGCUGAAGCAGAAAAUAGCUGGGAAGUCUCUGCCGACUGAGAAAUUUGCCAUUCGAAAAGCUCGCCGAUACUUAACCGAGAACCCUCUGCCCCUCCCUGUACCCCCUCUGGAGAUGAUGUACAUCUGGAAUGGGUACACGGUGAUUGGGAAGCACAGGGACCUGACUGAGGGGAUGCUAAAGACCCUGGAUGAGGCCCAGAAAAAGCUGGAUCAAAACCCAAAGACUGAGUUCUCCAUAGAUGACCAGUGUCUGGUGAGCCUGCUGAAGGGACUGUGUCUGAAGCACCUAGGACACAGGGAGGAGGCUGAGCACUACUUCACACUCAUCGUCUGCAAUGAAACGCAGAUUAAGUUUGAUCACUACUUGGUGCCCAACGCACUGCUGGAGCACGGCCUGCUGUGCCUGGAGCAGGGCCGAAACGAGGAGGCCGUCAAUCUGCUGGAGGCAGCCAAGCACAAUUAUAAAAAUUACUCUAUGGAGUCCCGGACACAUUUCCGAAUACAGGCUGCUUUGCACAAGGCCCAGGCCACAGAGGAAAAUGGCGUCCACUGUGUGACAUCCAGCCCAUAGCUGCGGGACACCACUGCCACUGCGCAGUACUCAGUCCAGGAGGGCGGGGAUGGACCGCACAGGGGCAUGGUGCCAAAACACACUCAUCUGAGCGACUGCGUUCACUUACAGCCGUCAAACACACACACACACACACACACACACACACAAACAUACACAGGCACACACAGGCAGACGCGCAUGCACGGACACCCUCACACUCACGCAAUCAUACUAACGUCUACAGACCUUUUUAAAUGGUUUCUGUGGCUCACCUGAGUGAUGCAUUCCCAUUGGUUCUGCCCUCUGUGCUUGGAGCAAGUGACCAAAAACACUGCGGCCCACCCAUGAAAAUAUCUGGCUGGGAGUGACCUACUAAGGAAGAUCAGAACUCCACUUUUGUUUUGUUUUUGCCUCUAUGUUUAGUCAUUUUUAAACAAUUAUUUUAAGAAUAAUAACAAAAGAUAAAUGGUAGAAUAAAAAGAAGGCAAAUAAUGUUCCAGUGUUAACCAGAUUGAAAUUUGACAAGAGGCCUAAGAUCCUGACGUAGGGUUGUGUUCAUUAGGGAAGAAUGCCAUGAAAUCUUCUUUAUAAAGACCUAUGCUCUUUUUAAAUGUGGUGUUUCAGGUAGCAAGAUCAAUAUUAGAAUGGAUGCCACAAUAUUGUAUACCAUAGGUGAACAGCUGCCGCUUAGAUUAACAAGCCAAUUAAGGUGUUCUUACAUUACAAAUGGUGGCUUUAAAAAGAACAUGUGUACAUCCACAACAAGUGCACAGUCCAGUUCCAUAAAUUAAUCUGUGUUUACAUAAACAGAAAAUACAAAAUGAAUUACAAGAGGGUUAUUCAGAGGUUAGCUCUUUAGCUAUUUAACUAGCAGACUAUGUUUAAAAUUCCAUACAAAUACAUUUCAACAUUUCAAAAUAUAGCCAGGAAGAGCCACACUUCCUGAAACACUUCAGUUGUAGGCAGAUGUAUGAAUCCUGUCACGUUAUGCUCCAGUUGAGUCUCGAGUACUACAACAGAACAGCUAAAAGAUAUCAAGUAUUUCUACACAUUUAAACCAUUUGUGAGUUUGCCCAGACAGAGAUCCAGUUUAUAAGUUCCAGUGUAGUUGUCUCUGAAUAGGUCAUGUAAAAUACUAUGGUAUCUGCAUUGGAAUGUAUGCAUGGCAAACGUGUGCUUCAGUGCACUACAUCUGGUCUGACUUCAUUUUAUGGAAAUGGCCACCAACAACCUUGCUUCAUUUGUAUAUAGUCAACACUGGCAUCUGAACGUAUGUGAACUCUGCACUGCAAAGGUAUUGAAGUGGAAACAGCAUAAAACAGGGUUUUGUUUGUUUUUAGAUUUGUGUGUAUUGAUACGCGACAGUGGUACCUUUUAAAAUUGUCCAGUUUUAUAUGGACAGAUCCAUGUGUCUUUUAGAAAGGCAGUCUCUCCUUUUCAGCUCAUAUUGACACAAUCAAUGUAGUAGUUUCACUCAAACAAAGAGUCUUUCAGACUGUGUACAUAUAGGAAGGCCAGGCAUAUAAUUCAGUCCUGUGUUCCUGAAGCACUGCUGAUGUAAUGUACAGGGUCCUGAUAUCACUGGUCACCACAGGCAUCUCUUUUUGUAUUACCUCAGAACCCAUUUCUUUCCCACACUAAGUCUAAUACAGUAAUAGUAAUACGUAAUAUACUUGAACAUCUUCUAUGGUUCCAGCAUUUCAACUGAAAUAUGGCAAAAAAAAACCUGAUUAUUUUUAGCUUGACAUUUUUCACAAACACGCUAGGGAUGAACAUAGUAGUGAGGGAUCAAAACUUUAUUAUUUUAUAUGUAUUUGGAUGAUAUGGUGAUAAAAAAUAGCUUUAUUAUGAUUCUGUAUUUCAGGGUCAAUGAUGCCAUAAUUAAUGAUGCAUUUCAUUUUAGUUGUUGACACAGGGGAAAUAUUUUCUGACACGAUGAGUUUAAGGAAUAUGCCAAAUAUGUAAAAUCUUUCAAUAUAAUUAAAUGCAGGUUAAUCAGUGUGGAAAUACAUGACAAAUCUCUCAACGCUUGGAUGCCACCACUGCCUGUGAUAUUUUUUUUCUGUAAUGGUAAUAUUAUGCGACAACAUUAUUACACUACCUCAGUGCUCAAAUACAUUAAUUACAUUGUGCCUCCCACAUCAUAUGGUUUAUUCAUCAUCCCAUUUAUUAUCCCCUUAAACAUUCUGCUGAUUCUGGAGUCAUAGAUAUGGCAAGUUAUUUACAAUGGCAAAGGCAUGUGUGUAUAUCCAUGCACUGCAAAUGUGUCAAGCAUUUUAAAUAUGUGAAAUAUGUAAAUAUAUUUCAAUAUGUGAAAUCUGAAUAACACAUGGAGUAGAAGCAAUUGACCUUGUGUCAGUUAGGAAGAUGUUAUUUUCCCUCAAUGUGCUGAGGCCAAGGACAAACUGUCUACAUUUCAUUUUAGUUUUAGGCAUUGGUUCAGGAAUAUUUUAAAAGCGUCUGUUGUUUUGUUCCACCCAGAAUGGUUGUUUACCGAUUCAUGGAGUAAAAAAUGAUCAUGUAGGCACUGUGACAUCAAAGUCAGCAUAUUCUAUAUUUGGGACAUGGCUACUGUGCAGUUUAACAUUCCUGUGUAAAUACCAAAUGUUGUUUUUUUUUGGUAAUUUAAGAUUAAAUGAUGAAAAGAAGUAUGGCACUACUUUCUCCCUCUUGCAUUUUAUAUGAAAGAAAGAACUGCUUUCUACACACCCUUAUUUUUCCCCUCAUAAUUACCAUGUUUUCAUCCGAAUGUGUAUGGAACGCAUUUACCUGAAAUGUUCAUAAUAUUAGUAUGUUUCUUACACACUUCAUUUCCUAUUAUACUGUGCCUUCAGAA